AUGGCGAAAGGUGUCGCUUCGAAGCACGUUCCAGCAGUUGGUGUCGUUAUAGUGGAAAUCCAUGAGUUAUUUAAAGAUUAUGAAAUAAAGUAUUGUUAUGUGGACAGAAAUAAAAGAACAGCAUUUGUUACUCUGUUAAACGGAGAGCAGGCCCAAAACGCAAUUGGGAAAUUUCACCAGUAUUCUCUUCGGGGAAAAGAAAUCUCGGUGCAACUCCAACCAACAGAUGCUUUGCUGUGCAUUACCAACUUGCCCAUUUCCUUUACCUUGCAAGAGUUUGAAGAACUUGUGCGUGCCUACGGCAAUGUGGAGAGGUGCUUUUUGGUCUAUAAUGAAGUUACUGGCCAUUCAAAGGGCUAUGGCUUCGUGGAAUACAUGAAGAAGGACUCUGCUGCAAAGGCCAGGCUGGAACUGCUGGGGAAGCAAUUGGAGGAGAACACGCUCUUUGCACAGUGGAUGGAUGUUAAUCAGCUGACUCCAAAUCUUAUUCACUCUAAGUGCCUUUGUGUAGAUAAAUUUCAAAGAGACUAUGCUGAUUCAAAAGAACUGAUGCAAACUUUCUCACUGAAGUAUAAACCUGUGUUCUGCCAGUUUGCUCAGGAUGAAGAUAGUUGUGUUGGUGACUUUGCAGUGGUGGAGUACGAAACUGCAGAGCAGGCUGAGAAGGUGCAAGAAGUCACCCAUGGCAUGACCAUCAGGGGGAAGAGGGUGCAGGUGUCCUACUGCGCCCCGGGAGCGCCGGGCAGGAGCACGCUGGCAGCGCUCAUCGCGGCGCAGAGGAUGAUGAGGAACAAUAGGAAAGGAUUGCUUCCAGAACCAAAUCCAGUGCAGAUUAUGAAAAGCUUUAGUAACCCAGCAAUGUUGCAAAUGUUAAUGCAGCCCCAGUUGCGUGGACAUACUGUUAAACCUGUUCUUGGAGCAUCUGCGGGUUUACCUCACCUUAUAAACACAGCAGUUGGCCCAGCUUUUUUGCAGUUGAAUAAAGUUCAUCAGAAUUCAGUUCUGGGGAGCGCAUCUAAUUUACUGCUGCAGAGCCCUCCUCACCUGCCAUUGCCACAGCAGCAGCUCGUGAAGAUUGAGAACGUUCAGGCUAAUAGUAAACCAGGUUUGCUGGGGGAACCUCCGACCAUGCUGCUGCAGACAGUGCUGGGAAUAGGGGUGAUGCCAUCUGUGAGUUCAGGCAUGGGAACGCGUGGAGAAGCUCAUAAGUCCGCGGGGAUGGGCAUGUUGCCAUUCUUCCCGAGCCAGCACGUGGUGGGACAGGCUGUGCCAGGGCAGAGCAGCCCUCCGGAAAAACACCCCGACGCGGCGGCGGCGGCGCCCGCGCAGCCGCUCCGGCCCCGCGCGGCCCUCCCGCAGCUCCCCGCGCGCGCCAAGCAGCAGGGCCAGCCGACAGGCCCCGACGCCAGCCUGGGGACUCCCCUGAAAAAACAGACGUCGCUGCUGGGAGAGCCACCAAAAGAAAUUCGCCUGAGUACCAACCCCUACUUGAAUUUGGCAAGUGUGUUGCCUGGUUUGUGUCUUCCAGCAAUCGCCAGCAAAGCCUCUAGUCCGCUGCAGCAGACGGGACUUGCACACAACGUUUUGGAUGCUGCUGGGUCUCAGGGAGCUGCAUCACAACAUGGAGUGGAAAAUUACUUCAGUUACUCGCAGCAGCCUGGGGAGUACACCCAGGAAUUGGGCUCCCGGGGGCAGGGAUGGCUCCAUCGCUCGGUCCGUGGGCGCGUGGCGGGGCCGGCGCUGGCUGGUGCUUGCGUGGGCUCCGUGGGACGGGACCCCGGGGAGCGUUUGCUGCGACAGGGCCCUUUGCCAGGGCCAUCCUUGCGAGUCGAAGCGGAUCCAAUGGGAAUCCGGUUCCAGCUACCCGUGGUGGGACUGGAAAUGAGAGAACUUGCAGCACUGCAAGGGAGGCGACACCUGGGCUUGGUGCUGGCCGCCCCGCGCGGCAGCGGAGCCCGGCCCGGUGCCAUCGGCGGCAGAACGCGAGCGGUGCUUGGCACGGCCCGGCUCGUGUGGAAUUCGCCUUCACGACUAGGCACUUUUCUUAUUCCUAGAGUUAAUCCUCAGGGAAGAGGGUCCCCAUCGGCCCCCGGGGAGGCUCCGUGUUGGGCAGCGCUCGUGUUCAGCCUGCGCGUUGCUCCGGUAGCGGCGCCGGGCAGAGCCGCGGCAGGGCCGGAGGUGGCCGGAGCAGCCGGGGCUGUCGGAGCAGGCGCUCGGCCCAGCCCUUCGGGAGCGAGCGCCGCUGCUCCUAAUCCCAGAGCCGCUUCAGCCUGGCCUCGAGCAGCGCAGCAGAGCCGGGCGCUGGGACAGGGUCUCACGUGCCCUUGCAGAAACCUCCUCUCGGGCGAAGCGGGGCUCGUCCUACCUGGUGCCGUCGCCGGAGCCCGGCCCCGGGCCGUGCGUGGGCCCGCAGGCGCCGGGCUCGGCCGUGCGCUACGCCGAGUCCUCGCUGAAGAAGAAGCGCGUUUACUGACCCGCACCCGGGCCGCCUCUGCCCGCUGCUAUUUAUUGCUGCCUUCGCUUCAGCCGGUGCCGCUGCCGACGCGGGAUAAGGAUCCCGACGGAGCCUCCCCGUGCGGCAGGCGGGUUUGCCGGGGGCUGUGGCUGUUGGCGCGAGCCGGGUGA